AUGAACGUCGGCGCCUGCUCGGUCCGAGUUGGAGUCGUGCCGCGCCGCUGCCGUGCUGCCCUGUCUUCGCCGCUACCGUCGGCGUUUUCCUCUGCUUUUUCUUCUUCUCGUCCGUUCCCGUCGUCACCCACCCCCUCGCCGCUGUUGGCAACGUCACGACUGGGACAGGGAGCCGACGUUAUUUGUGGGCGGACUAGCGGCUAUAGAGGGAUCGUGUCGGUGUCAGUGUCCCAGAAGGGCCAGGCGUUCGGUGCUGGGUUGACGGGGUUCUUCGCAGAGGCUUAUAGAUCGGGAUUAAGCAGCAAGAAGCAGGUCGCGAUGGCGUCCAAGAUCACGGACUGGGUCAAGCCCGGCGACCCGAGCGGCGAGUUCAAGCGCCAGGCCAGCACGUUCCGCGACUGGAUCUCGGAUGAGCCCGGCGCCAAGUUCCCACCCGAGAAGGGCCGGUACCACCUUUAUGUCAGCUACGCUUGUCCAUGGGCUACGCGAACCCUCAUCGUGAGGAAACUUAAGGGACUUGAGGACUUUAUUUCUUUCUCUAGCGUGCACUGGCACAUGGGGGAAAAUGGAUGGCGCUUCCCAACUCCCGCCGACACGGACGCGGCGGGUGAGAAUGUGGUACCAGACCCGGUGCCAGGACACGAGGGGUACACACACCUACGACAGGUGUAUCUAGGGGUGGACCCGGCGUACGCGGGGCGGUUUACAGUGCCGGUGCUGUUCGACAAGCAGACGGGCGUGAUCGUGAACAACGAGAGCAGCGAGAUCCUGCGCAUGCUCGGGCAUGCGUUCGACAGCCAACUGCCGCCCGAGGCGGCGUCGGCCCGCGCCCUCGACCUAUACCCGGAGCAAUUGCGCGCCGCUAUCGACGAGGCGCACGCCUGGACCUACGACAAGAUCAACAAUGGUGUGUACAAGUCCGGCUUCGCCACCACCCAAGAGGCCUACGAGCGCAACGUUACCGCCCUCUUCGACGCCCUCGACAGGGCUGAGAAGCACCUCGCUAAGACCGGCGGGCCGUUCUUCUUCGGCGAUCAGAUCACCGAGGUUGACGUCAGAUUGUUCCCAACGCUAAUCCGGUUCGACCCGGUGUACGUGCAACACUUUAAGUGCAACCUACGGGACAUCCGGUCGGGGUACCCGCACCUUCACGCGUAUACGCGGCGGCUCUACUGGCAACACGCAGCCUUUGGUGACACGACCAACUUCCUCCACAUCAAGAACCACUACACCCGCAGCCACCCUCAGAUCAACCCCUUCUCCAUCACCCCCCUCGGCCCCGUCCCUGACAUCCUGCCCCUCGAUGACGAGGUUCCCGCCGCAAAGGCCGCGGUCGCUGCAGCGACAGGGAAGGCGUCAUGA